AUGUCGUCAAAAAGCAUUUUUGAAUCACCGCAGGAACAGAAAGUUCCAGAAGUAAGGUUUUUUUAUAAGGCUUUGAUGACGUUAUCAUCGUCUGAGGAUCCUACAGAAGACUGGAUGUCCUUGCCUUCAAGUGAAAACACUAAAAUGACUCUGUACAAACAAGGCCUAUAUGACCCGGGUAGUGGGGAGAUUUGUACUAAAUAUAUUCCAAUGUCAGAUAGCACAGUAAUUCGACACCCGUAUUAUGCAUACCCUGGUAUUAAGGACCCGGGUAUUACGGAGGCGUUAUUGGAGCCAGAGCCUAUAAAAACUUACUCACUCGAUGGGCGAGAAUUGUAUUUGGAUUUAUGUGAAGAAAUGAAAGUGAUUCCAGUGAGGAGUUUCCUUCGAGGGUUGCUUGGGGAAGUCAUUGAUUUGAAAUACUAUGGCGUAAACCCAAAUAGCGUACGAGCAAUGACAAUGGCUCUAACAAAUAAUCGCUACGUUAGACGUUUGGAUCUUUCGUCCAACUUUCUGAACGACGACGCUUGUUAUCAUCUCGGUCAAAUGAUGGGAGAAAAUAUUAUUCUUCAAGAACUGAUAUUAUCAGGAUGCAGGAUUCAAGCGGAGGGCGUCAAAAGACUGGUGAUAUUUUUCGCUUCCCGAUUCAUAGAAGAGCUAGAUUUAUCUCGAAACGACAUCGGAGAUAGAGGUUUUGAAUACCUCGCUCAUCAGUUGGUUAAAGGAGCCGUUAUUAAGAAGUUGAAUCUAAGUAGCAACGACUUAAGUUCCGCGGUUGCAUCCUCAUUCGCAGCGGCUAUCGAGGGCAACAACAAGACAACUCACCUGGACCUUUCCUGGAACAAAAUGUUCUCGCUUAAAGGCAAGUGGAACUCAUUAGCGAAUAAAAUGCAUUUAUCCACCUUCCCGAACGAUUCAGAUAGGGCACGAAACGUAAACGAGUUGCUCGGACGCCUUGGUGAGAGUAAAGUCCUAGUAGAGCUCAAUAUGUCCUGGAAUAGUCUUAAAAUAAGCAGAAUCCUCAGGAGACUGCUUGCCGUGCAAACGCUUCGUAUAUUGGAUCUGAGCAACAACAGGUUAGGAAAGUUAGCAGCAACUACUAUAGCCAGUAACCUUGAAUCAGCAAAGAGUCUUCAUACGCUGGAUUUGUCGUUUAACCCUAUUACUGCAGAAGGAGCCUUUGCUAUAGUAAAUAAAUUAAGAAAUAUGGAGAUAAAGCUAAGAAAUUUGCUCAUGGAUAAUGUUGAAGUUAAUAAGGAAUUUGUUAAGGAAUAUAGAGAGGUAUUAGAACUAAGUUAUCGUAAGAAGUGUAAUAUAACGCACGGAAACGUCAAGCACGAUUAUACCCUCUCAGUACCAGAUAUCAGAGAGAUAAUACUGAAGAGAAUGGAUUUCCUCACCGCCCGUAGUUCUAAGAAGAUCCAACUUGACAUCGCGCUUUAUUUUCUUCAAAAGAAAAAGGUUUGCGAUAAUAUACAGCCGAGAGAGAUCUUGCGCGAUAUGAAAAUGGCUGGCACACCGUUGGAUGAGGACUUAGUUGUAGGUCUUACUGAUAUAUUUCCUGGCCCUAAAUUGGAUAAAGGAGGGAAAACCUUAGACUUAACUGGUGUAGUUGAAAUGAUACAACGGUUGUGGCCAGAUAGAAAACUGCCACCAACACCAGAACCAGAAAAAGUGCCUGAAAAACCAAAGAAGAAAGGCAAAAAGAAGAAAUAA